GGAUGUGUUGGGGGUAUGUCUCUUCUGCCUGGGGCCCCCAGAGUGUCUUGCAGUGCCACUGGGUACCUGCACAGGUUUGGGGCCAAGUGUGUGAGCAUCGGUGAGAUUGAUGGAGCCAUCUACAACGCUGAUGGCAUCGACCCCAAAGCGCUGGAGGAAUACAAACUGCAAAAUGGCACCAUUGUGGGCUUCCCAGGAGCCAAACCCUAUGAAGGGAGCAUUUUGGAAGCCGAAUGCCACAUCCUGAUCCCUGCCGCCGGAGAAAAGCAGCUCACGCGUAACAACGCCCGAAGGAUCAAGGCCAAGAUCAUUGCUGAAGGUGCCAAUGGUCCCACCAGCCACACCCCAGAUGCUGACAAGAUCUAACUGGAGAACAACGUCAUGGUUAUUCCUGUAAGCGCACACACAAUUAAAAUAAAAUGUGCUCAAACCUGUUGGCUCAAACCACACAAAUCCAGCGCUGAUGGAGCAGAUG